AUGUUAGAUACAGAAGAAUCCCACCUGCAGGAGUUAAAGCCACCAGCCAAACGUCUGCUCUGCUUUAGAGUCUGUUCUCCCCGCUUUGUGCUGGCUGCAAGUGCUUUAUUUGAAGUUCUGAUCCCUUGUGACACUGUUCCCAGAAUGAAAAGGAGCACUGGAAUUCCCAGGAGUUUCAUGGUGGAGGUGGAUGAUCCCAACGAGGGCGCGAUGCUGACGAGCGAUGGGAAAUACGCCAUCCCAGCCACUAAUGUGGCAGCUUGUGCUCGGAAGAAGAAGGAAAAGCCUCCCUUCUGGCCACAGGAGCCAUCCUCCACCUCCUCCUCCUCAGCUGUUCCUAUUCCCGAGGAGCUGUUAUGUCCCCUGUGUAAAGAGUUAAUGACAGAUGCAGCUGUUAUUCCCUGCUGUCGAAACAGUGACUGUGAGGACUGUAUUAGAACAGCCCUGCUGGAGCCUGAGGCACAUCAGUGCCCAACAUUACAUCGGACAGACGUUCCUCCUGACUCUGGAGAGGCCAACGAGUUCCUACGCCAGGAUUGA